UAUUCCGGCGCGGUUUUGUGACGUCAUUCUGAGCUGCGCAGCAGACGCGCUGAGUUUGUUAUGACACUUUUGUAACAGAGUAAACCGGAGUGUGGUAUUUGUUUGUCCACACUCAACCUGGAAAACCACGGGAAGCACUUGACCAGAGUCACGGCCGCACAUUCAGCUCAUAGAUGUUUCCAGCCUGUAGAUAUUCCCUCCAAGCACGGAGGUGUGUAGGUGCACUGAAGGCAGUUCAAGCGGAGCAUGUCGCUCCUCAGGUGUACUCCACACGGAGUUCCUCCUCCACUGUGCCACGAAUUACCACACAUUACACAGUGUACACCAGAAAUAAGGACCCACGAUGGGAAGGGGUGGAAAUGGAGCGCUUCGCUGAUGAGGCAGACGUUGUCAUUGUUGGUGGAGGUCCAGCCGGCCUGUCAGCAGCCAUCCGGCUGAAGCAGCUGGCCAACCAGCAUGAGAAAGAGCUGCGGGUUUGUGUGGUGGAGAAGGCGUCUCAGCUUGGAGCUCACACUUUAUCUGGAGCCUGUCUAGAGCCCUCUGCACUCAGUGAGCUUAUUCCAGACUGGAAGGAGAGAGGGGCUCCACUGAACACUCCAGUUACAGAGGACAAGUUUUCCAUUUUGACAGAAAAAUACCGCAUUCCUGUUCCAAUAUUACCAGGACUUCCAAUGAAUAACCAUGGAAACUACCUAGUUCGUCUGGGGCAUUUUGUACGCUGGCUUGGGGAGCAGGCGGAGGAGCUGGGAGUGGAGCUGUAUCCAGGCUACGCAGCAGCUGAGGUGUUGUUUCAUGAGGAUGGCAGUGUGAAGGGAAUUGCAACCAAUGAUGUUGGCAUUGCUAAAGAUGGCUCUCCAAAGGAUGUGUUUGAGAGAGGCAUGGAGCUCCACGCUAAGGUCACUUUGUUUGGUGAAGGCUGUCACGGACACUUGGCCAAGCAACUCUACAAGCAGUUCAAUCUCAGGGAGAACUGUGAACCGCAGACGUAUGCUAUCGGUCUCAAAGAGCUUUGGGUCAUUGAUGAGAAGAAGUGGCGCCCAGGACGGGCAGAGCACUCAGUUGGCUGGCCUCUAAACAGGAACACGUACGGAGGCUCCUUCCUGUACCACCUCAAUGAGGGAGAACCAUUGGUAGCCGUGGGAUUUGUUGUAGGUUUGGACUACACUAAUCCCUAUCUGAGCCCGUUCAGGGAAUUCCAGCGUUGGAAGCAUCACCCCUCUGUAAUGUCAACCCUGGAGGGUGGCAACAGGAUAGCAUACGGAGCCAGAGCCCUCAACGAAGGAGGUUCCCAGUCGAUUCCUAAAGUGACGUUCCCAGGUGGCAUGCUGAUAGGGUGCAGUCCAGGCUUCAUGAACGUGCCCAAGAUCAAAGGCACACACACAGCCAUGAAGAGUGGCAUGCUGGCGGCCGAGAGUGCCUUCAGCAAAAUCACAGAUGAGAAUCUGCAGUCAGAAACAGCAGGUCUUUAUAUUCCUGAAUAUGAAGAAGCUUUUAAAAAAUCCUGGAUCUGGAAGGAGUUGUAUUCUGUAAGGAACAUCAGACCAUCUUUCCAUAGCUAUUUUGGUCUCUACGGAGGGAUGGUGUACACUGGGAUAUUCUACUGGAUUUUGAGAGGAAAAGAACCGUGGACUCUAAAGCAUAAUGGUCUAGACUCUGCUCAGCUGAAGCCGGCUAAGGACUGUACACCCAUCGAGUAUCCGAAGCCCGAUGGGAAGAUCAGCUUUGAUCUGUUGUCAUCUGUAGCAUUGAGCGGGACCAAUCAUGAGCAUGACCAGCCGCCCCAUCUGACGCUGAAAGAUGACAGUGUUCCCGUGGCCCACAACCUUGCGAUUUACGACGGCCCAGAGCAGAGGUUCUGUCCUGCUGGUGUAUACGAGUAUGUUCCUCUCGAGACGAGUGAUGGCAUGAGAUUACAGAUCAAUGCACAGAACUGCGUCCACUGUAAGACCUGUGAUAUCAAAGACCCCAGCCAGAACAUCAACUGGGUUGUGCCCGAGGGCAGUGGAGGACCAGCCUACAACGGCAUGUGAUUUCUGUAUUACAUAUCGUUUUUAUUAUUGGGCACAUCGCACAAGUUCAGAAUCGUUUUACUUAACUUUCAGGGCUAAAGCUUUUAAAGACUUGAGAGUCCUUCUGAUAUGCCUAAGGAGCAGAAAGUCCUUAUAUCCUGUGUGAUAUGAGCUUGAAGUGUAAUUACAUAAAGUGGCUUUGCAUAUUUCAGGUUUGAUCAAAUUGUAACAUUUGAAAUAAUUUUAUAUGUAACGUCCAUCAAACGAAUGUCAAAAGACAAAGGAUCAUGUUGGAUUAACAACCAGUGGACGUUUUAGCUCUCCAUGAUGCGGUUAACUGUAAACUGACAGUUUUGUAUAUAUUGUCAAAGUUGGUAACUGUAACUGGUAGAAAUAAAUUAAUUAUC